CUCUGGGAUUGGAGCCGCUAUCGCGCUAGAGUAUGCAAAGCCCGGUGUAAUUUUGGGGCUUCUCGGACGCAACGAAGAACGGUUAAAUCAAAUAUCCCAACGAUGUAGUGACAAAGGUGCAGAAUGUGUGAUGUUACAAAUAGAUAUUUCAAAUACGGAAGCUUUAACUAAAGAGUUGGAACAUUUUGACGAUGAGCAUCCAAUUGAUCUAAUGCAGAAUUUAAAUUACCUUUUUAUAGCUCAAGUUGGAGUUACUCGAGAUAAUAGCGACAAUGUAGAAUGGGAGGAUGCAUGGAAACGACUCAUUGAAGUUAAUUAUAUGGGCAAUAUUUGUACCGUAAUGACAGCUUACAAAAGGAUGAAACAACGAAAUUUCGUUAUGUCUUCAGCCGUUGGUUUCUUCGGCCCACCAAAUAUGUGUUGGUACAAUUCUACCAAAUCCGCACUGAAUUCAUUUGCACGAGACUUAAGAUAUAUCGCUGAACCAUAUAAUAUUCGUGUAUCUCUUAUUACACCUGGUAUAAUUGCCUCGAAAAUGACUGCAAACCCUGAACAACCUGUACCUUUCGCGGAAUCUAGUCUUGCAAGUCCUAAUGAGUUAGCGAAAGUUAUUAAGGGACAAUUAGAAUCUAAUAUUUUCUGUAUUGCUUGGCCGUUUUUUCAAGUGUUAUUAGCUUGGAUAGAAUCAACCUUCCCACCUAGGGUUUUGUUAAUGGUAUCGUGGGCGUUCGGAAAAAUUUUUCAAACACGUGCAAAUAAUUUGGCAUUAACUUGA